AUGACUGUUUUCCUUUUUAUUGACAGUAUAUUUCUUUCAGCCGUUACUUUCUUGUCAGUUCGCCUACUUACGUUUGGUUCUAGUAACUGCUCUUCUCGUUCGUCCUUACAGGAAGAGGUUUCGCAGCAGCUACCCUCACUAACCAAGUUGGUUAAAAAUCCGGCCUACACCUGGCCAUUCGAACUGGAUACGUUUCAAAAACAAGCCAUUCUAUGCUUGGAACGCAAUCAGUCGGUGUUUGUGGCUGCGCACACGUCGGCCGGAAAAACCGUGGUUGCAGAGUAUGCAAGCGCAAUGUGCCGUCGGCGUGGCUCCCGCGUUAUCUACACCAGUCCAAUCAAGGCGCUUUCUAAUCAAAAAUUCCACGAUUUCCGACGGACUUUCGGAAAUGAUGUUGGUCUCUUGACCGGCGAUAUCAAAUUGGCCGCUGAUUCCAGCAUGCUGGUCAUGACUACAGAAAUUUUGUACAACAUGCUGUGCAGCUCAGCUGAAGCGAUUCGUGACUUGGAAGUUGUUAUCAUGGACGAGGUUCAUUAUCUGAACGAUGCCGCGCGUGGCCAUGUCUGGGAGCAGAUUAUGAUCAUGCUACCCAAACAUGUGCUUCUAGUGAUGCUCAGCGCGACGGUACCAAACACAAUGGAGUUUGCCGAUUGGCUCGGGCGCAUCCGGGGCAGUGAAAUACACGUGGUGACCACGGACAAACGACCAGUGCCACUUGAACACUAUCUGUUCACUGGUUUGGAUGGACAAGGUGGUGAAAUGGAUCUUCACUUGGUGGUCGACCAACACGGUCGUUUUAGCCUACCGGGUAUGCUUCCUGUGUGGGUUCUUUUUACAGUGUCAACGAAGCGCCGUUACGGCGCACAAUUGACGUUUUUUAUAUUUUUUACAAACGGCCUAAAUCUGAAUUGUGCUAGUGAUGUGUUACGCAAGUGGGACUAUACGUAA